AGAAUUGUUCGGUUACAUUUUGCCUGUUUGCUGUUUUUUUCGUCGGUUCGCCUCGUCUUCUCCGCCUGGCCCGAGACUCACACUCAAUUCGGUCGUUUUCUGCAUUAACGGAGUCAGGCCCAGGCCUAACCUCAGUACAUCAGAGCAGCCGAACACGCCCGCGGCAACCGCCGCCAUUCUACCCCAGGUCGGACGGACCCUUGCCGGAGACGAGCACACGCCACAGCAGAGCAGCGCGAAGCGAGAGAUCCAAUGGCGGCGGCGGAGGGGCAGUGGGUGCUCAUGGCAACGGGGCGGACGCCGACCAACAUUGCGGUGAUCAAGUACUGGGGGAAGCGGGACGAGGCGCUCAUCCUCCCCAUCAACGACAGCAUCAGCGUAACGCUCGACCCCGACCAUCUCUCCGCCACCACCACUGUCGCCGUCAGCCCCUCAUUCCCUUCCGACCGCAUGUGGCUCAAUGGCAAGGAGAUCUCGCUAUUAGGAGGAAGGUUUCAGAGCUGCCUCAGAGAAAUCAGAAAGCGUGCUCGUGACUUUGAGGACAAGGAGAAGGGCGUCAAGAUCAAGAAAGAGGACUGGGACAAGUUGCAUGUUCACAUAGCCUCGUACAACAACUUCCCCACUGCUGCUGGUUUGGCCUCUUCAGCUGCUGGCCUUGCCUGUUUCGUUUUCACCCUUGGAAAGCUGAUGAAUGCGAAAGAAGAUUAUGGAGAACUUUCUUCAAUAGCAAGGCAGGGAUCUGGGAGUGCAUGCCGCAGUAUAUAUGGUGGUUUUGUGAAAUGGUGCAUGGGAGAAAAAGAUGAUGGAAGUGACAGUAUUGCCGUGCAGCUUGCUGACGAAACACACUGGAAUGAUCUUGUAAUUAUUAUUGCAGUGGUCAGUUCAAAGCAGAAGGAAACCAGUAGCACCAGUGGGAUGCGAGAUAGUGUUGAAACAAGUCCUCUCUUGCAGUACAGGGCCCAGACAGUGGUGCCAGGUCGGGUGUUGAAAAUGGAAGAAGCUAUCAAGAACCGUGACUUUGAAUCCUUUGCCAAAUUAACUUGUGCGGAUAGCAACCAGUUUCAUGCUGUAUGCUUAGACACGAGCCCUCCUAUCUUCUAUAUGAAUGACACGUCACACCGAAUAAUUAGCCUUGUGGAAAAAUGGAACCACUCAGAAGGAACCCCACAGGUCGCUUACACCUUCGAUGCUGGGCCAAACGCUGUUCUAAUCGCACAAAACCGUAAAACUGCAGCACAUCUCCUCCAGAAGCUCCUAUACUAUUUCCCUCCACAGGAUAAUGAUUUGAGCAGCUAUCUGGUUGGCGAUAAAUCGAUUCUAGGUGUCGCCGGAUUGCAUUCCAUGAAAGACGUCGAGGCUCUUCCAGCACCUCCAGAGACGAAGAUACCGGAUCAGAAAUUCAAGGGCGAUGUUAGCUACUUCAUCUGCAGCAGGCUUGGCGCUGGUCCAAAGGUUGUUUCUGACGAAGGUCAAGCAUUGAUCGAUUCAGUCACCGGACUUCCAAAAGGCGUGUAGUUCUAGAUUUAGGUUGGAAUAAUGGUUUAAGCUGGGGAUUAAAGACAAUGGUAUCAUACAAGCAACCUGGGCCGGGAAGAUACAUUAGGCUCGUGUCACGUUGGUUUCGUGCUGAUUGACUUGACGGUGUAUUGGUCAUGUAUUAUGCAUUUGCGCUGGUGUUCGUUGCUGUCCAAUAAAGAUAGAACACGUUCUCGCCUUUUGUUUUUCUCCCUCGCCUAGUAUGUGGCUCAAAUAUUUGUUUCACUAUUUUAUUGAGCACUUCAGCUGAGACAAAAGCGGAGAAUAACUUUGUA